AAAGGCCUAAAACAAUUGCAAUUACCCUAAGCAUUCGAUGCGAUAAGAGUAUUUUGUGGUCCGGAAACCUCUUCCAACCAGCAGCCUUCGCGAUCGAUCCUGCUCGACUCGACGAAGCGUACAAUUCAGGAGAAAACAAGAAGAGUGGAAUCACCUGAUCUCCUUCCUUCCUUCCAUCCAUCCAUGGCGACUUCGAUUCCCAUCCACACUACGCUGAACCCUCGCCUUCUCUCUCGCAACUCCACCUUCCUCCAGCAGGCCACCCCUCUGACCCGCUCCGCUUUCACUUUCACCCCCUCCGCCAAGCUCGACCUCUCGGAGACCAUGGGUGGCCGCGGCCUCUGCAACGGCGAGCGAGGCAUCCGCCACGAGCUCCAGCGGACCACCAUGGAACAGCCGCCUUCGCCUCCUCUCGCCUCCCCGCCUGCUCCUGCCCCGCCUUCUGCCGUCGGCGUGGACGAAGGCGCUUUCGAAAAGGAGCUCUUCGGCCUCACCGGAGGCUUCCCAGGCGGCGAAAGGGGCCUCAAAGACUUCAUCCAGCGGAACCCCUCUCCUUCCGAGGCAAAGGCAAGGGCGGCCGGCGAGGAGAGCAUCGCGGUGUUGCUGGCGCGGGCGAAGCCGAAUCCCCCCGAGCUUCCCCUUUUCCUGCCCGGGAUGAUCGUGAUUGUGAAGAACCCCAAGAACCCUUUCCACAUGUACAGUGGGAUCGUGCAGAGGGUCACCGACGGGAAGGCCGGUGUGCUCUUCGAAGGGGGGAAUUGGGACAAGCUCCUCACUUUCGACCUCGUCGAGCUCGAGCGAAGGGAGAAGGGGCCGCCCAUGGUGAACCCUAAGUCCGCUGUACUGGAAUCCAUACUUGAAGAAGCCUGAAUGACCUGACCAGUGAGCCUCGUCUCGCUCAUCGAUGAUUUUCAUCUCAUCUCUUCUCUUCUUUUGUCAUCUCUCCUUCCUCGUGCAAACAUUUCUUCUUCUUCAUUGCGAAAGAAAGAAAUAUGAAUUGAUUUCGCCUCGA